GCACCUGGCCACCCACUCUGCCCAGAAGCCCCACCAGUGCAUGUAUUGUGAGAAAAUGUUCCACCGGAAGGACCACCUGCGCAACCACCUCCAAACCCACGACCCCAACAAGGAAGCCCUCCACUGUCCCGAGUGUGGCAAGAACUACAACACCAAGCUGGGCUACCGGCGCCACCUGGCCAUGCACGCGGCGGCCAGCGGGGACCUCAGCUGCAAGGUCUGCCUGCAAGCGUUCGAGAGCACCCAGGCGCUGCUGGAGCACCUCAAGGCCCACUCCCGCCGGCCCUCGGGCAGCGCCAAGGAGAAGAAGCACCCCUGCGACCACUGCGACCGGCGCUUCUACACCCGCAAGGACGUGCGGCGCCACCUGGUGGUGCACACGGGCCGGAAGGACUUCCUGUGCCAGUACUGCGCCCAGCGGUUCGGCCGGAAGGACCACCUGACCCGGCACAUGAAGAAGAGCCACUCGCAGGAGCUGCUCAAGAUCAAGGCGGAACCCGUGGACAUGCUGGGCCUGCUCAGCUGCAGCUCGGCCGUGGCCGUGAAGGAGGAGCUCAGCCCCGUCCUGUGCAUGGCCUCCCGGGAGGUGAUGGGCGGCAAGAGCUUCCCCGGCAUGCUCCCCGUGGGCAUGUACGGAGCGCACGUCCCGGCCAUGCCCGGCUCAGGGAUGCCCCCCUCGCUAGUCCCCAACCCUCUCCCCAUGGGGAUGAGCUACCCUCUGGAACCCGCCUCCCCUCCCCAGCCUCCCCCAAAGUACCAGCUCGGAUCUACCUCAUACUUCCCCGACAAAAUCCCCAAAGUGGAGAUGGACAGCUGCCUGGCCGAGCUGCCCGGAGGCCUUUCGCUGAUCGCCGGCGAUCCUUCCUCCUCCUCCUCCUCCUGCUCCCCGCCUCAGCCCACCAGCCUGGAGGAGACGCUGCUCUCCAAGAGCCCCGCGCUCCUCUCGGAAGCGCUCUGUGCUGCUAACAUGGAUUUCUCCCACCUGCUGGGCUUCCUGCCCUUGAACCUCCCUCCCUGCAACCCCCCCGUCUCCUCCCAGGGGGGCCUAGUGAUGGGUUAUUCCCAGGGGGAGGCCCAGUCCCUCCUUGCCACUCUGCCGCCCCAGGAAUCCCCCUCGGGAACCGGGACCUCGCUCGGCUUCGGGCCGCUGCAUCCCUUGCCCUCGGUGUUCUCCCCGGGCUUGGGCGCCACCACUUUGCCACGUUUCCACCAAGCAUUCCAGUGAGGAGAGAGAGAGAGAGAGCGCUGGACCUUAAAAGCGGAGCUGCUCCGGGCACGUGGAUCGUUGGGAGGGGGAGGGGGGGUGCCGCCGCCGUGGUGCUUGGCCUCGUUGUCUUUUCAGUGAACAAGAAAGAAAGAAAAAAAAAAAACACCCUUGAGGGAGGAUUGGAACUGUGUUACGCCCCCAGUCCUGGACAGGGAAAAGUAGGUUGCAGUGAAUAGAAUAUUUCAGGUAUUCUCUUUUUAUUUUAUUUUCUACGUUGCUGGUUAAAUCAGGAACCGUGCGGGAGUUUUCUCAGCCUGGCUCCGUGCAUCUCCGGAGGAGGAGACGACGUCGGGGCCUGUUCCAGGCGAGGGCCCAACUCGCCCCCUUCAAGUUGGUGUCUUCCUCGGUCCGUGCGGCAGGACAUCCCCUUUUCUCUCCCCUCCCCUCCCCUCCCCUCCCCUCCCUCUGCAACUCCCGCCGUCGGCAGUUCCUGCCCGUUGCAAACCGAGACUCUUCUCCUUUGGAGCCAUGUCCCCGACCCGCGGAUUCCUUGCAGGAUCACCUCGGCUCUCGACCAUUUCCCCACUCUUAACGAAUCAGGUAGUGCCCCGAGAGGCCGUUUUCAGGGUCUCGGGCACCGCGAAGGCACUGUUUACACCGCGAAAUCGGCGCACUCCGGUUUCGCCUCACUACUACUACUACUACUUACUAACUUCUUCUUCCAUAUCUUUCCCCUGUGGGGAAAUCAAACUGACUGGGAAGAGCUCCAGCUUUCCGCCAAUUUAGCCGAGACCUUUGGAGGGUUUGUUUCUUUGCGUCCCGGAUCUCGCGAGUCGCUCAGAAGGGUCCUCCCAACAGGACAGGCUCACUGUGACUUUCUGUUGUUUUUUUCUUUUUUCUUUUGAGAGGGUUUCCCAAACGAUGUUAGCAAUAGCAGCCAUCCCACCAUGGUCUCUUCCUUUCAAAGACUUACCGGUCAGGAGUGAGGCCCUCAUCAUCCUGCGUUCCUGUUUCUUUCUUUUCUUUUUCUUUUCUUUUCAAUCUCAGCCGUUCUGAGACAAGCAAACUUUAUUGAUGGACGAUGGUGGUUUGGCCUUUCGGGCUCAAGGAAAAGGCUCCUUUCGAGCCCUUGGUGCCUUUCUGGGUAGCGAGGGUGCAAAUCCCCUUUCCCCCAGCAGCCCCUGUGCCUGCUGAGCCCCACCUGCCACCUGAGAACGCCAACCUUGGCAGGAAGGAAUGGUGGGGUGAAACAGAGGGGGGGGGGUGUCAGCCUUGCUUUGGGCCGAUUUCAGCAGCCUGGCUUCUUGGGGAGAGGGUGGUGGUGGUCCCAUAACCUUCUUUUGGGGUGGGUGAGCAGGCACUGUAACCCAACAGCCUCUUUAUUUUCAUGCCCACUUUUCCUUCCUGCAAGGUUGGUUCGCCGCCUCUUAAGCCCCGAUGCUCCCUCCUGCAAUCCCCCGGCAUGGACCUCCCGCCCUCGCGCAGCCUCCCCAGCGUGAACUCGGCACAGAGCAAAAGUUAAAAGCGAGGAUCGGGGCCUGCCACCUUGGCUUCCGUCGAGUAAGCCAAAGAGAAGCCGACCAGGCCCCACGAGUUGCCCUCUCGGCUGACCAGGAGCCGUCCCUGCUGGGCUUGCGCCGGGGAUGGGUGGCCAUCCCUGGCGGCAAAGGACGGGAGAAUCGGACAGGGUUGAAACGGCGAGAGAGCGAAGGGCUCCGAUGCUCUUCCCGUGGCGGGUGCAUUUGCUUCCAUCCCCACCGCUUCGGCAGCCUGGUUCCGUAUGGCUCUCGGCCCGAUAGCGGCAGGCACAGCCCAGGGGUUGGGUACCCCCGCCCGCUGUCUCUUGCAGGCUGCUUUGGCGCACCCUGUUCCUCUUAAUUCAGAGACAGGCCGUGUCUGGAAGGCCAAAGGCCGCCCGUUCAGCCUCCCCAUCUUCCCAAGGGCUAUGGAACGUCCCUCGGAAGGGGUGGCAGGAUUUGCCCCAUUUUCUAGGCCUUUAGAGGCGAAGCCCACUCUGUAAUUUGAUUUAACCCGGGUGUGUGUGUGUGUGGGGGAAAUUAAAUCCGGGGGAAUUACAGUGACUUUCAAAAGUGUGGUGUCCCCAUUCUCACCCUUAACUCUCCCCUCCCCGGCUGGGGUCUCUCAUGCAAGUUACAAGGUUGUCCCCCUCUGUCUUAACGUCCCCGUAGUCUCCUGCGUGAAACUGUCUUUAUUACGUCUAUUACAGUGAAUACCUCAUUGAUCCCCGGUCUCUGCUCGUAUCCUCUCGAGGUGGGUCCACCACCUCCAUGCAUUUGGGGGUAUCCCCACAGGCCCCUUCCUUUUUACCUCAUACGCACGGGGGCCUGCCGUGGGUCCCCUCCCUGCCCAGGUGCGUUAAGCUGAUCUCUGCCGCAA